CCGCCUCCCUGGCGCUGCUGGGGGUGCUGCGACUGAGUGCGCCGGUGAUUACACUGUUGCUGAGAUACCUGGUGCGGAGGAGGACCUUCUGGAUCAAGGGUCUGCAGCAGGCCUACUACGACCCCUCCGCGGUCACCCCCGAGCUGGUGGACGCCUACCGGCUGCCCCAGCUGGUUCGCGGCUGGGAGGCGGGCAUGGUGAACUUCCUGCUGGCGCGACUGGCACGACCCAGAGGUGGACUCCGGGAGCUCUUCCGGGACGCGCUACGAGGCGGUCGUAACACCGCAGCAGCAGCAGCAGCAGCCGCAUCAGGCAGAGGUGGAACCGUGGCAGCAGCUACAGCCGCUUCCGGCAUCGCCACAGCAGCAGCUGCUGCAGACGCAGAGUCCAUCGCCCUAGACCCAUCUCAGCAGCAGCAGCAGCAGCAGCACGGCCAGCAGCCCUCAGCCCCUCCCCACUCCUCCUACUCCAGCAGCGGCAUCAACCCCAG